UUGCCCAGGGAGGUCGGCCAUCACAAUACUGGUGCUGGGGCUUCUCAAGUUUGCUCCCGUGGACUGGGAUUUUCACAGGAAAGACAAAGCAAAUGCAUCUCAUAAAGUUAAUAUAGGCUGGGGCAGUAGCAAGUAGAAGUAAGAAGAUACAGCUGGCAGUUUCCAAGGGUAAUGUAUGAUUAAUAGAACUUAAGAUAAUGCAAAAGUGCUUCUUAGUUCAUAGCUACAAACUCCAAUUUUAUGUCUAUAUAUAUAAACCAUGGAUCGCUAAUUAAGGCGGCACGGUGCCGUCCUGCCUUAGGGGUCCGUGCUCGUCCUCCCCAGACACGGCACAGCAGGAAGCCUUUCUCCGCCAGGUGGCUCGGAGGGAGCCGCGAGGCGGGGCGUCAUCCCGGAGCUCGGCUGCCGGCAGAGAGGGGCGAAGCGGCGCUGGAUCCCCUAUGGAGGAUGGAUCCCCUAUGGAGGGCAGUUCUCUCGGAGAGCAUCCUCGGCUACAUUUCUUGGUCCCUCUACCAUGCCCUGCCACCAAUGAUCUAUUACUUCCCCCUGCAGACCCUGGCGCUUACUGGCUUAGAAGUUUUUGCAGUUUCUUUCUUGUCUCCGAUAUUCCUGAUAAUUGGUCCCUGUUGGAGGCUGGCAAACAAUAAGUACAUCCUUGCCCUUCUGAGACUGACUGUGGUUGGGAGCUUAGCUUCAUACCAGGCUCCAAAUGCUUCCAUUAGACUGUUCAUCUUGGCUGCUGGUGUUUCAUCCUCAUUGCUGGUUCAAACAGUAACACUGUGGUCAGGAAACAAUUUGCAAAGGUUCAUCAGGAUAUGGGGCUUCAUUCUAGGCAAGAUGAUGCUCCUUGUUCUUCGAAUCUGGUAUACGUCACUGAACCCAGUGUGGAGCUCACAAGCUGCCAAUACCAUCAUGCUGACAAUUGGUCUAGUGGCAGCAGCAGAGCGAAUUUAUUCAGUCGAAGACGAGAGGAAGCAAGGAGUGAACGCUGCUCGUAACACAGCUAAGGAGACUGUCUCGCAGCCUAAUUGGCUUUUGUCAGGAAUUGCUUUUGGCAGCCUCAUGUUCCUCACCGUGUGGAUAUUUGGGGAGGUCUCACUAAUUUCUAGGUGGGCAGUAAGUGGACAUCCACAUACAGGUCCAGAUCCUAAUCCAUAUGGUGGUACAGUUCUGUUGGGUCUGGCUCAUGGACUGAUGCUUUCAUUUUGGAGUUGGUCCUCUGUUGCCAGAUUUGCCUGGUUUCUAAUAGGUAUAGCAUCUUCAGCUGGUCUCCUUUACUUACAGACCUGGAGCGCUGCUGUUGCAGGCAAUAUUCUUGCCGUCUUCACAAUGUGUGUGUGGCCUCAGCUGGCUGGGCGCUUUGUUGGCUGUCUGCAUCCUGGAAAAGCCAUGAGUACAGCCAUGUUCACCUAUGUUCUUCAGCUAUUCUUCUGUGUAUGGUGUACAGCUUAUAAAUUCGUACCUGGAGGAGUUUAUGCUAGAGAAAGCUCCCAUCUUCUUUUAGGAUUUAUUGUGUUAUGCACUGGGCUAGACUUUCUAAUAGGAUCCAAGAAAGACCUGAACUCAAUCUUUGAAGUGAAAAGCAACCAAAAGCCAUUUUUUAAAAAGACUACAGAAUACAUUAAACUAUUAUUGUGGCUGUUUGUUGGUGUUGGGUUGCUAGGACUGGGUCUACGCUAUAGAACCUAUGAGAAGAAGUUGGGCCGAGGGGUUCCAAAAAGAGAUUUCUCUGCUAUGAUCUGGCCUUUUAGAUUUGCAUAUGACAAUGAAGGCUGGUCCAAUUUGGAAGGAUCCGCUGCUUUACUUAAUCAGACAGGUGCAGAUUUUAUCACUGUUCUGGAAAGUGAUGCCUCUAAACCAUUCAUUGGGAACAACGAUCCAACAAUGUGGCUAGGAGAAAGGCUAGGGUUUUACACAGAUUUUGGUCCAAGUACAAGAGAUCACACUUGGGGGAUUAUGGCACUGUCAAGGUAUCCAAUUGUAAAAUCUACCCAUCACCUUCUCCCUUCUCCAGAGGGAGAGAUUGCACCUGCCAUCUCCAUGACUGUCAACUUCACAGGGAGACUGGUUGAUUUUGUUGUUGCUCACUUUGGAAAUGAAGAGUGUGUAUUCUAUUUAUUUCUUGUUAUGCAUAUUCUGCAAAGUUAACCGUAAUUGUUGUUAAUGAAAUUUGGGGGCUUCUUUUAUACUCUUUAAAAUCUUCUGCUGUGAUAUUGGAAAUACUGAGACAUAGCCAGUAGUUAAACAUUUUGAAGCAUUAUUCUUUAAGGGACAAAUAUUGCAUCCAAAAGUUGGCUAAGCCUAAUACCCAAGCCAGUAGAUAUAUGACAAAAAUACUGUUCUGCAAACCAGGUAAUAGGGCUACAAGUACAUCUCAGUGCAGGAGAGCAUCUUUCUGACUUUCUGCAUGUGGUGUAGAUCUAUUAUAUUCCACAACCAGUGCAGGUAGUUACAGACAGAUAGCAUUAAUUGACAUCAGACACUUAUUAAAAUAAUAAGUAACAGUUCUCUAAGAAAGAACAGUUGUCAAAGCAGAAAAAAAAAAAAUCCACUCCAUAUCUUUAUGUAUGAAACCUGAUCUUCGGGUUCUGAAAUAAAGAAUUAUGUGUGAUUAUAUGUGAUGAAGAAGAUUAGGGUGUAUCUUUCAUUUCUUUAAAGCGAUGUCUGAGUUACUGAAUGUGAUGAAUAUUACUGAGGGAUAUUUUUGUGAUGCUCCAUGCAGUUCUAUUUUCUAUUUGUGGCAAUAUCUAAGAUUCAUCUGUUGUUAUUUUAAUAUUGUUUUAAUUUUUGAAAACACAGGUUUAUGAAUUAGAUACAGACUAUAUGACACAAAAAAGCCACACAGAAAGCAGCAGGAACUCCCACUGUUCCUUUCUCCAUUGUAGAAGCUGUGCUGCAAGCAUGUUUACAGAUUUCCCUUUUACAAACCAUGUAUGUCAGAAACUGCUCCUGGUCUGAAGUCUAAAAAGAAAUCCCAUUCUAUGUCUCGCAAAGAUGAUCGUCUCUCUGAGAAAGUGUGAAAGUAGAAGAAAAUAGCUCUGUAUUCCUUCACCACGGAGACCUGAGACAAAGAUGAAGAGGAAUAAUAGGGGGAGACACAUGGGGCACAAGUACAAAAUAGACUGUGUUUUGAGAUUAGUGAAUUUUAUAAUUAAUGGCAGGCACAACUGCUUUUUUAAAAAAAAAAAAUAAUUAAUUAUUGCUGAUUAGGAAGGCAUAAGCUAAGAGACUGGACAACUACUUCUAUAAUGGUAUCCUUUAAAGGAACCCAUCUUCUUGAGAGUGUAUUUCUUGAAGGAGCUGUUGAGUGAGCUGGCAACUUUUCAUAUAUCUAGGUCAGGCUUCUAUUUAAAUAGUCUCUCUGUCUGCUCCUUCUCCCUAAUGCAUUU